CGGUUACCGACCGAUCGAUCUGACACUAACACACCGGGGGUGAACGAGGAAACCAUGGCAACGGGACUUCGAUACCGGACGAGGAGCGAGUGACGAUCAGCUGAUGAUCAGCUGAUGAUCAGGAAUCACUGGGAUCGACUGGCCGGCCGCUCCCGCACUGAAUCAUGUCCUCCUCCUCGGACCUGCCCUACUUCUGUCCUCGAUGUGGAGACGGUUUCCAGUUCUCGUCAGUACCUGAGCUCCAGGCUCACCUGGUCAGCCGGCAUACCUACGAGACCCUGCUGGUGCUUUCAAAGGCUCGAGUUAGAAGCUCCUCACCUCCUGCCCCCGUCCCCCUCCCCGGCCCGACUGCAUCCCAGAAUCAGGGCACCGCCCCGGGCUCGGGUCCCCACAGCUUCCCCCUGCCCCUGGCUUGCCUGGAUCUCGCGUCAUCCUCCGCCUCCAUCCAACUCCUCCGAGGAAUGUUCAGCCCGUCAGAUCGCCUUCACCCAGCGGACCCCUCCACGGCUCUGGUCCUCCCUGGGACUCUGGAGCCCCGGGUCCAGCUGGAUUGGGGUCUGCCGGUGGGAAUUGGGCUGGAGGAGCGCCUGGGGCUGGGGCUGGAUCAUAAAAUCACCCAGACUUUUGCGGAGGUGGAGGAGAGGGUGAACCGGCGCAUGGGUCGGCUGAAGGUGCAGCUACAUAGGAGGGAGGCGGAGCUAGAGAGGGAGAGGAGAGACGUGGAUCGACUGAGGAGUGAGAAACAGGAAGUGGAGGAGACGGCGACGUACCUGUCCCGGCAGGUGUCGGCUGCCACGGAGAUGAUGAAGCAGUUACAGCUCGAUCUGGCAGGAAAAGAGAAAGAGCUGAGUGAACGACAACAGGAAAUGGUUGACAUCGAGUGUUUCCUGAGGGAGACGGCGGAGAGAGAGGCAGAGGCCAAAUCCAGACUCCAGGUUUUCAUUGAGACUCUACUGGAGCGAGCUGAGCGAGCAGAGAGACAGUUACUGCUGUUAACUUCACAUCAGGACCACCUGGAGAACUUCACACCAGGACCUGGACCCGGACGAGGACAAAGUCUGGACGGCAGCGUCGAGGACGUCAACAAGGCGUUGGGAACCAUGGGAACCAUGGGAACCAGGAGGAGCUACAGCGUGUCGGGCUCCUGCAGACUUGGAGAGCAGUGGUACGGUCUCCAUCACCACAGCGGUCUGACCGGCCAAAUGAGGACCUUGUCUCUGGGCUCCGGAGGAUGGGACUACUGUGAGGGGGGGUUGGUCCACCUCCACCCACCUCACUACGCUCCACCCUGGAUCCAGACCCGAAGAGAGAGAUUCUGGGCCGGGGGAGGAGGAUGGGGGAGAACGUGGAGUAAAAGAAACCUCCAUCACCACAGCACUGAGGAGGAGGAGGAGGAGGAGGAAUAUGAAGAGGAGGAGGAGGAGGAAGAGGAGGAGGCACUGUGGAGUGCUGAGAUGAGGAGGAUGAACUUCUCCAGGACUCAGACGCCUGGUUCAGAUGCCCCCUCUUCCCUCCACUCCACCCCCUCCAGUCGUCAUGGCGACAGACAGCUGGGGGCGGACACCCUGCGUUUGAGGGCGGGGCUAUUCUGUGUCUUCCCGUAUUUGGAUGUGCGCUCGUUGCUGCGUGCUGCCGAGGUGUGCUCUGAUUGGAGGUUCGUUGCUAGGCACCCUGCGGUCUGGACACGCCUCCACCUGGAGAAUGCCAGAGUUUCGACCGAGUUCCUGACCAGGUUGUCUCAGUGGUGCACUCAGACUCAGACCAUCAUCCUGAACGACUUGAAGCCUCGAAGACGGCGAGACAACGAGACAAGAGAGGACCACCACAGAGACACCCGGGGAAGCCUGGAGCCAGGUGUGGAGGCCUUGUUGAGGUCAGCAGGGGGCAGUCUCCUUCACCUGUCUGUCUCUCAAUGUCCACACGUCCUCACGGACAGGACGCUGUGGCUGGUCAGCUGCUACUGUAGGAACCUACAGACUCUCACAUUCAGGAGUUCCUCAGAUCCUGUCAGUCAGAACGUUCUCUGGGCCCUGGGUGCCGGCUGCAGGAGCAUUAUUAGCCUGCAGGUGGCGCCGUCUCACCCCUGCCAACAUCCGACUCGUUUCGGUGACGGCUGCUUGCAGACGAUUGGUCGGUGUUGGCCACGCCUCCACUCGCUCGCUGUGGGCGGGGCCUCCUGUAGCACCCAGGCACUGGUUUCUGUUGUGCGUAGCUGUGCUCAGCUGCAGGUGUUGGAGUUGGAGCGUAUCGCCGACCUCGGCCUGCAGGUGGCGACAGAGCUAUGCAACGCAGGACUGAAGAGUCUGCAGAGGCUGAUGCUGACUCACACACCAGUCAGUGGUCAGGCCGUCCUCCACUUUCACAGUGUGUGUGAUAACAUCAGGUCCAUCGUGGUCCAGGUCUCAGCGUCGGACUACUUUGAGAAGCCAGACACUGAAGAAGCUCAACGACUUUUUGGAGAGAUUCUCAACACACUGCAGGUUCUUCAGAGACGUCCUGGACUGAGAGACGUCCUCCAGGUUAAAGCUGAGGGAUCCUCCUGACCUGGAGACAAACGUCUUCUUCUACAGACAUGAGGACGUUGAGCGUUCUCUGAAUCACAGCCUCAUUGUGGGGUUAACCCUGUUACAUGUGAUGUGUUGUUCAACAUUUAGAAUGUGUCAGGAAGAUGAACAUGUCAACAUUUACUUGAUCCAGCCCAAGACUGGAAAAUAACAACAUUUAUCAUCAUCAGUACAGUUUUCACAGGGACAGACAGCCCCCCUCAACUACAGGUUAGUAUCUGGACAUUAAUGGACGUUAGUUGAACCAGUUUCUGAUGGUUUUACCCACAGAGUUUCUACUUAAUCCUCAAACUUCCCCCAGUCACUUACAACUGAAGAAGCUCCUCAGAUAAAACGUCCUCUCCAAAAAUCUCAACAAGCUUUUUUAAACAGAUUUUUGACCUGGAGACAACUAGUGACUAGCAACUAGCAAGCCAGACUGACGAGGUGCAGGUAUAACUGUCUGACACCGGUGUAGGGAAGUUCUAUAAAGAUGAGCCUUUACUGAGACGCGUAUAGUCGUGGCAGGCUGAAAUAAAUAAGAAUGAACCAUGACCUGUGGAGGAGAAAGAGCAAAACAAUAAUAUUCAGGUCAUGAACAAACGUCUCUGUGUCGUUAACGUGGUCCUCAUGAAUAUGGACAAACAACUAAACUGUGACUAUUCAUUCAGGUUUAGUAGUUUAGUAGUGUGGGAGCUUGUUAAUCUUGAAAUUACAUUUUUAGUUUAAAGGAAUUGACUAGAACAUAGUACAACAGACCUGGAUCCUUAUUUACCAAAAUAUGUCACAACCCCCUUUUCUUCCUUCACCUUCCAAAUCUCACAACACUUUAGCUUUUAUCUUUCUGUAAAAAAACAAAACAAAAACAAAAACUUUUAUUCUUUGUCUACACAGUUUUAAAAAAAACUCAGAGUCUUCUUCAAGAAACUUUUGUUCUAAGUUUUAAGUCCUUGUCCUACCCUUAAAAGCCAUAACUCUUGAACUGAAGUGACCAUGAAUCCUUUCGUCUUGCCUUAGGUUUAAAUGAAACCCGUUAGCUUUACCUUACAAGCACAACAUUUAUGCACAAACAUUUUUUGCACAAUUGAACAGGAAGCAUCGACUUAUGCACCAAAGACGUGAAUCAUGAGUCAUUCCUGCAGAUGUGUCGAUUCUAAUGUGUCUUUGAACAUCUCGUAGAUGCUACAUGUCGUUUACUGUCAAUAAAUCACG